UUUCAAUCGCAUUGAUCCUUCAAUGCUGAUGAUUAUUGCGCCAGCUAUCCAAGCCUAGAAGCCAUACACCGAAGGAUUUGCUAAGCUGGAUGUUAUUGUCGGGAAAGAGCACCUCAACCUUGAAAUCUUCCGCACGAGUGAUACUUCUGAUUAUACUGGAACAUCAGUGUUUCCACGGAUCUCGAUGCAUACAUUUGGACCAGAAAGCAUGUCAUGGGUGGAUUCGCACCUAAAGACUUGCGUGGCCGAGCAUAAUAAUUGCAUAUGCGAGGACUCCCCUCUUUUACCUACUCGUGUUUUGCAUAUUCAACCUAGAGAAGGUAUUAAUGGUAACCUUCAUGUCUGUCUUCAUCAAAGUUUGCCGAAUGAGCGCGGAGAAUACGGUUGCUUGAGCCAUUGCUGGGGUACAGAGGACCUGGGCCAUCUAUGCUUGUCGCAUCGGAAUAUAACAAGCUUCAAAACCGAAAUCCCAUGGUCUGAUAUACCGAAAACCUUUCAAGAAUCCAUUCAACUUGCCCAUAAUCUGGGUUUAGAGUACCUAUGGAUCGACUCCCUUUGUAUCAUCCAGGAUGAUUCACAAGAUUGGCAAACUGAAUCAGGGAAGAUGUGCUUUGUUUAUCAAAAUUCGUACCUCACGAUUGCAGCUACAUCUGCUCCCGAUGGCACCGGUGGCCUAUUCCACACUACCGACGUCGAUCACCAGGGUUAUGAACUAACCAUAGGUGACAACAAUAACAGUGGGUCAUCCAGCUUGUACGUCCGCCGAUCGCUUCCGCAUAGGAUAUUCGAGAAUGCGAGGACGAUGCAGCAUGUCGAGAAACAGGGAUAUCCCCUCCUAACCCGUGGCUGGGCUCUUCAAGAACGACUUUGUCGGACAUCAGCGGUCUACUUAGUCAUCCCAUUCUGUACAUUACGUAAGCCUGGGUAUAUCUACCCUGCGAUGUAUCCUACCUUUACACAAUACAAGCAUCUCACUGCCUCUGAACAGGUAUCCUAUUGUUUCCGUGAUUGAUUGACACGCCAAAACGAUCAACAGACUUCUAUCCCCACGUACGCUGCAUUGUACCCGAGUCGAGCUUAUAUUCGAAUGUUCUGAUGGAAUUUCAUGUCAGUGCUAUCCAGAUUCCGUACAUAGGAAACUGAAUCGCACCUCUUCCAAAGAGUAUCACACACACUGUGUGACGGACCCUCGGGCAGAAUAUUUCACUCCGACGAGGUGGUGGCUCCUGACGCAGGA